AUGGCGGAUGAGGACAGAUCGUUGAUAACGUAUUCACGCAGUGGAAAGAAGACGAUAGGAUUUCAUCAGAGGACCCCGGCGUGCAUCGACCAAUUCGCCGUCUUCCGUGUCAGCAAGGAUACGAGCUCGGAAGCCCUAGAAGUAUUUUAUGGACAAAAUACCUUCAUAAUUGAGAACCCCAAGAGCAGGAACAAUCUCAAAUAUUUGAAGAGCUUUCUUCCACAAGCCAACAGGUCGCGCCCACGCCCCAGGGGCUCCUCAAAGGACAUGGCGGUCACAAUAUACUCAAACAUUCAGCGCAGCAGCGUGCUCUUCGAGAACAUCCUACCGCACCUCGAAAAUCAGCAAGACGUGAAGAAAUGGCUCUUCUCAGCGAUGAAGAAUCUUGCGCACAGCAAGCCACAGCUUCGAUCGCUCACGGCCCAGCUUCUCGAUGCUCGCCGCAUCACCCCCACAUGCAUCGUACGACUGAGCUCCAUCCAUGGUGUGGCGGGUCAGCAAAGGUAUUUGAGCGAGGGGAAACCGUGGAAGGAUACAUAUGACUUAGGAUACCAGGGGAUGACGGAGGUUGAUAAGGUGGAUGUUUGGAAGGUAGAACGUCCACCGCAGCCGAGGAAGAAAUGGGCUGAAUGA